AUGAGAAUGGCUAUGGAGUAUUUUGAAUUGAGUAGGAAAGGUGCAGCCCUGAUGGAUAUAUUAGCAGAAAUGCCAAAGUUCCUUGAACGUGAGGAAGCUAAUCAUUUUGCAGAACUUAUGUUAUGGUGCCCUGGAUUCUGCAGAACUAAGGGCAAAAUAGACAAUCGUGAAGAAUUUGAAGUGGGACCAGAUCCUGAUGCAGUUCUUGCAUUCACUGAACCUAUAAAAGACAUACCUAUAAAAAGACGAGGUCUCCCUCCUAAAACCCCUUUACCCAAAGAUCAAGAACCUGUAAAAGAUAUUCCUAUUCCUAGUAUUUAA